AAGCCACCUCGUACACUUAAUGUUUUCUUUUUUAAGUUCUUAAGGUUGCAAUUUUAUAUUUAAUUUGAGGAACGUGCUAAAUUUUCUGAAAACGCUUCUCAAAAUUACUCCAAUAACUGAAUUGUCAAGACAGAUGAAAAGAUGCCUGCCUUUAUGCACCUCCUUCGCAACUUCAUUCCCAAGUGGUGUCUCCCACGUCCAGAGAAGCAUCUCCAGAACCACAUAUUCCGUCAGCUCCAGACGAAUCACCCAUCCGCCGCACUGGUGGCCAUCAAAACAAGUGAACAGGUGCUGCCCAAGUGCAGAUUCAUGCAGUACCGGCGCGCCAAUGAGCAGGUGAAGCGAUUGGGCAUGGUCUCCGAGGAUGGCAGCAAGAUGGCGGAGCUAUCGAGCAUGACCUGCGCCGCCCCCAAUAUGAUGGACUUCAUCCAGCAGAGAUACUGCAUGGUUAGCCUGCUGGACAGUGUGCAAUUCAUGAAGAUCGAGGAUGUGGAGGCCGUGGAUCUCCGCCUGCUGCCACCCAUCGAUUCCCCCAGUAAGAUCAUUGGCGUGGACUGCAACUAUGUGGAUAACUGUGAUGAGCAGCACAUCUCGAUUCCGAGGGAGCCGAGUUUUCACGUCAAGUUCGCCUCCUCGAUAACCGGAGCUCUGGACAACAUACGGGCGCAUAGUUCGGCCAAACACAUUGACUAUGGCUGCCAGUUGGCCGUGGUUAUGGGCAAAAGAUGCCGUGAAGUUUCGCCCAAAGAGGCUCUGAAUCACGUAUUUGGAUUCAUGGUGGUCCAGGACAUCGUGGCAAGGGACUGGAAUGUUCCGCUGGGCGGUCACUCAAUGGAUACUUUCCUCCCACUGGGACCUACAAUUGUGCACAGGUGCCAUGUGCCAGACUUAAACAAUCUGUGGAUUAAGACAAUCAUCAAUGGCGAGGAGCGCCAGACGGGCAAUACCCGUAAUAUGAUAUUCAAGAUCGACUUCCUUAUUCACCGCCUAUCCCAAUAUUUAACUCUCUGUCCGGGCGACAUUAUACUAACGGGAACACCCGCCGGAUCGGGUGCAUUUCGUCAUCCGUCGUGCUUUUUGAAGCCCGGUGAUCUUAUAGAGAGCGAAAUUCAAAAUUUGGGCAAAAUGUGCAAUAAAGUCGUUAAUUCCUAUUCUUGAUGAAAUCAUACGUAUUGUGCUCAGCCAACGGAUAAUCUGAAAACUGAAGGAAACCUAACUAUGUAGGUUAAUUGCAUCCACAUUAGUGGUUUCUAACGAUCUUCGAUGAUAGUAUUAAAUCGAGGUCGUACUAUUACCAAUGUUUUUAACCGAAAGAAACAAAAUCAAAAAAAAUAUAAACGUUGAAUGAAUCAAAUUGUUACAAGUCAAAUAAAAAUCACGUAUGUCCCC